AUGAAAACACGAAAACUCACGAUGGGACAAGCCAUCGUUCAAUUUCUUCAACAACAAUACGUUGAAAGAGACGGGAACGAAAUCCAAUUCUUCGCUGGGAUGUUCGGCAUCUUCGGACAUGGAAAUGUUGCCGGGAUCGGGCAAGCGUUGCACCAGUAUUCCGAUACCUUUCGCUUCUAUCAGACCCGGAAUGAACAAUCAAUGGUGCAUACCGCUGCCGCAUUUACCAAGAUGAACAACCGUUUGCGUGCCUUUGCUUGCACGACCUCUAUCGGGCCAGGUGCGACGAACAUGAUUACCGGUGCCGCUGGCGCGACAAUUAACCGAUUACCUGUUCUCUUAUUACCGGGUGACAUUUUUUCGACCCGUUUAGUCGCGCCAGUUUUACAGCAGCUGGAGUCCCCGAGUUCACAAGAUUAUUCGGUGAACGAUUGCUUCAAACCAAUUUCACGCUACUGGGACCGAAUUAACCGCCCAGAACAGAUAAUCACAGCGUUGCCAGAGGCGAUGCGGGUGUUAACAUCUCAGGCAGAAACAGGUGCCGUAACUUUAGCACUCCCACAAGAUGUUCAAGCCGAGGCGUACGACUAUCCAUCUGAACUCUUUGAGAAACGCGUCUAUACCAUCUCUCGUCCUCGUGCAGACGAAGGUUUGUUGAAUCGAGCAACGGCGUGGAUUCGUGAGAGCAGCUGCCCAUUGAUUAUCGCCGGUGGCGGUGUUAUUUAUAGUGAAGCUACAACGCAACUUGCGCAAUUUGUGGAGCAGACAGGUAUCCCUGUUGGUGAAACCUUCGCUGGUAAAGGGUCGCUACCGUAUAAUCAUCCACAGAAUCUCGGCGCAAUAGGUGCGACCGGUACGCCGGGUGCAAAUAUCACAGCGCGAGAGGCAGACUUGGUCAUCGCCAUCGGCACGCGCUUAAGUGAUUUUACGACGGCUUCCAAAACGGCUUUCCAGAACCCCAACGUCCGUUUUAUCAAUAUUAAUGUCGCUGAAUUUGAUGCCUAUAAGCAUGCUGCGCUACCCCUCGUUGCAGAUGCACGUGUCACGCUUGCGGAACUUGCUACCGCUGUAGGAGAUUAUCGCGUUGACGCGGCUUAUGCUGCACAGAUUGAAAAAUAG